AUGCCUUCAAACCUCACGGCACAGCAGGCUCUAGAUGCGGGAGCGAUUCGACAACCAGCAGACGCUCCUAAUGCCAAGCAGCCUGGGCAAAAGUGCUUGACAUGCACCAAAUACGAUAGCAGCUGUUACGGCAGCGAAGUCCGAGAUGGCAAAUGCAACCGCUGUCGAGGACUUCUAGAUGGAGAACAGCCAGACGAGCACGGUCGAGGCAAACAAGGACGGAAACGAACUUGUGUCUGGCUUGACCCUGCUCGCGGGAUUCAGACAUAUGAGGAGGCACAGCAGAAGCUGAAUAUGCUUCGCAACACGAAGAACACCGCCGAAGCUCGAGCUGAGAGGGCUGAGGCGGAAGUGAGUUGUGACAACGUUGCUGAGCUUCCUGUGAAUUCUCCCGAGCUCAAUCUUGUGGGCAGGGUAGUACACGGUCUCAUCCAAAGCGAACACUAUGUUCCACAGGAUUCUGAGACCAAUUACCGGACGAUGUUCGAAGCCUUGGACGUCAUGGCUGCGACAGAGCCUGGUCCUGCCUUACGGAGAGUCUAUGACAUAUUGUCUACGAUGCAAGGGCGUGGAGACCGUUUCGAGAAGGUUGAGAUGUUCAGCCUCUUGCAUGGUGCCCACGCUUGGGCGAAGCUUUCACAAUGA